UGCGUAUUGUAUUGCCGCGGCAGUGUGUUCACACAUGUGUGAACAGUAGUUUCAGUAUUCGAAGGGCAGGCUGGCAGGUGCAGUAGUGUGCAGCUGUACCUACCUUGAAAAUAAGCAGUCAUCUCUGACUGGAAAUCUAAACUGAAGUUUUUUAAGAAUAGUGCAUGGCUCCCCACUCAAAAAUAAAAUAAAGUGAGAAAAAGUACUAUUCGAAUGAAGAAAAAUUUAAUAUUUUAAUCGGUCUUAUAAUUACAAGUAAUCAUGACAGAAAAUAAAAAUGAGUCAAUUCAUCCACCUCUCAAGAGAUAUAGGUCAAAUUCAAUGGGAAAUUCAGUUGCUUAUGCUGGCUUAUUACUCAUAGAGUUAAUUCUUUUGGUUUUAAAAUUCAUUUAUACUACCGUUGAGUCCAUUAUACGAACAUUUUUACCUCCAUUGGAAAAAUCACUAAAAGACGAAAUUAUAUUAAUAACUGGUGCUGGUCAUGGAAUUGGCCGAGAAUUAGCACUAUUGUUCGCCAUUCAAAAUGCAAUAAUUGUAUGCUGGGAUUUAGACGAAAAAGGAAAUAAUGAAACUAAACAGAUUCUUAAGAUAAAAGGUUACAAACGUGUUUACACCUACAAAGUGGACGUGUCUAAUAGACAGGAAGUUUUGGAUGCUGCAGCCUUAGUUAAACAGGAAGUUGGUAGCGUAUCGGUAUUGGUAAAUAAUGCGGGAAUUAUGCCAUGCAGACCGCUGUUUUCUCAAAGCCACGAGAUAAUUGAAAAAAUAUUCAACGUCAACGUUUUAGCUCAUUUUUGGGCUCUGGAAGCUUUUUUGCCAAGUAUGGUUGAAAACAACCAUGGCCAUGUAAUUGCGUUAUCUUCAAUGUGCGGUGUCAUUGGACUCCCAAAUGUUGUUCCAUAUUGCGCAUCGAAAUUCGCCGUAAGAGGACUCAUGGAAGCCUUAUACGAAGAGUUAAGAGUUGGUGAUACGAAAAACAAUAAAUCUGAAAUCAAAUUCACUACAGUUUACCCGAUUAUGGUUAACACAGGACUAGUUAAGAAACCUAGAAAUCGAUUCCCAUUCUUGCUGGACAUGCAAUCACCUGAAAAAGUAGCCAAUAUUAUUGUAAAAUCAAUGAGGCGUAACUAUAAAGAAGUCAGUAUACCGUGGAUGCUGAUGCCUCUCGACCGGAUAUCCAGAUUGUUACCAGGAAAAUUCAUUCAGAAUGUUAAAGAUUUCAUCGACACCGGUUUGGACCCACACACAGAUGAUUAAAUGUUAUAGAUACCAAUCGUUUCCUUGUUGACGACAUUGAUUUUAUUAUACAGCUUUUGAUAAUAUUUGUUAAAAAGACUUGACAUUUAUUUUUGUAAUAUUCGUUUUAUGUAAUGAUGUCUGAAUUUCCAACAGCUAUUAAACUUGUAUCUUAAGGUAUUUAUAGUUUUGUAUAUUUAUACCAUUAUUAUUAUUAUAU